AUGAUUUAGGCAACAGGAAACAAAAUUAUAAAAGAUUACUAGAAUGUUAAGUAGCAAGCUAAGAUCAUGACUUUAUUUGGGAGUGGUAAGUACUUGGUAAAUGCAAUGAAAUCGAUAAGUCUAAUUGAUAUCUAUAGAGUCACUGUUGCUAUCAGAUAAAAUAAAAAAGAUUAACAUGUUUAACUGGGUACAGGAAAGAUAUUGAAAUUAGCAGGACUAUCCAAAACAACUAUUCCAGGAAAUGCAGAGUUUACAAUUCAUGUAAAUGGGGAAUAUGAUUAUAGAUUCGUGUCAGAAAGACGUGAUGAGAUAAUUGAUGUUCUAAAGCAUAGAUUUGCUGAGAAGAUGAAUCAAAAUCUGCCAAUUUUCGGCAUUGAUAAGAGCAAUUUGAAAGAUUUUACAACAACAGAAAAGGAUUUCAAGAAAGGAUUGAACAGAUUUCCACCUAAUUAGCUCAGAAUUAAAACAGAAGAUUUACUUCGAGAGAAUGAAAGCACUCAAGCUCAAUAAGAAAUCAUUGAUAGCACCUUCACAUUAAUGGAGAACUUCUAGGAGAAUGUAGAGCUUAGAAAUCAUUAGUAUCAAGAGUCCAAAAACAUGGACUCAACCAAUGAUGAAGAAGAAGAGGAGGGAGAUGAGUAUGACGAGCCAAACCCUGAUGCUACUACUAGAGGAGUAAUAUUUUAAAUAUUAAAAGAUUGGUUUUAGAGUAUGAGGUAGGGCGGAAGACUUAUUUUCACUAAGCAAAAGGAUCAGGCUAAGUUGCAGGACUUUUUAAUCAGAAGAAUGAUAGGAAAAGGGACAUUCGGAAAAGUAUUUUUAGUCGAGAACGUCUAUUCAAAGAAUAUCUAUGCUAUGAAGUGUAUCAGAAAAGACACAAUCAUUGAUAAUGAGCAAUAUGAAAACAUUAAACUUGAAAAAGACAUCCUCUUCAACAUUGAGCAUCCGUUCAUUGUUGGAAUGGAUUAUGUCUUCUAAAACGAUUAUAGAAUUUAUUUCCUCAUGAGAUUCAUCAAGUAAAUAUUAAAAUAAUUUAUAUUUUACAGAGGAGGAGAAUUAUUCAGACACUUGGUGAAGGUUAAAAGAUUCGCAGAGGAACAAGCAAGGUUCUUUAUUAUUCAAGUGGCAAUCGCACUAGGCCACCUGCAUUCGAAGAAUAUUCUAUAUAGAGAUUUAAAGCCUGAAAAUAUACUAUUUGGAGAGGAUGGCUAUCUAUUGCUAGCUGAUUUCGGUUUAGCUAAGAUGGUUACUAAAAAUGAAUUGGCGAAUUCAUUCUGUGGAACAGCUGAAUACUUAGCACCUGAGAUGCUAAUAGGAUCAGGGCAUGACUAUACUGUUGACUGGUGGGCUCUAGGCAUCCUUCUUUAUGAAAUGAUGGUUGGAAUUCCUCCAUUCUUCCACAGAAAUAAGCAUAGAAUGUAUUUCUUGAUCAAGGAGAGUCCGGUAAAUUUCCCAGAUCCAGUUAAGCAUGGCAUAAACAUUUCACCUAAUGCUAGAGACCUCAUAAAGAAGCUACUUGAUAAAAACAAGAAAACUAGGCUUGGUGCUAAGGGAGGAGUUUAAGAAAUCCUAAACCAUCCAUUCUUCAGCGGUCUUGAUAUUGAAAAGUUGCUUUAAAAAGAAUUAACUCCUCCAUAUUUCCCAUAGAUUACUGACGAUCUAAAGUAUUUCGACUAAAAGCUCACAUCAAAAGAAGACUUCGCUGAGUCAGUCAUUGAUGAAGCAAAUAGAAAGUUGAUCUUACAAAACCAACACAUUUUCAAAGGCUUAUGA